AUGGCAGAGCUGUACGACAAGCCCGCCAAGGCAGCCGACGUCGUGCGCACCGACGGCUCGGACGUCGUCGUCGAGACCAAGUCGCCCGGUGUGCGCCGCAUCGAGGCCAUCUCGUCGUGCUUCACCUCGUGGCACAAGUGGACGCUGUUCAUCUCCAUCUUCCUCGUUGCUUACGCCUACGGCCUGGACGGCACCCUCCGCUACACUUACCAGAACUUUGCGACGGCCAGCUGGUCUAACCAGGCGCUCAUCUCGACACUCAAUGUCAUCCGUGCUGUCGUCGCCGCCGCGGUGCAGCCGGCCUACGCCAAAAUCUCGGACUACUUUGGCCGUGUCUCGGUCCUCUUCCUCUCCGUCAUCUUCUAUGUCAUCGGCACGAUCGUCAUGGCCGCUGCCAACAGCACGGAGACUUUCGCCGGCGGUGCUGUUAUCUACCAGUUCGGCUACUCGGGCCUGAUGAUCCUCGUUGAGAUCCUCAUCGCCGACACGACGUCGCUCCGCAACCGCCUCUUCUUCUCCUACAUCCCUGCGUACCCGUUCAUCAUCAACGCCUGGGUGUCCGGUGACAUCGCCCAGGCCGUCAUGGCCAACUCGACUUGGCGCUGGGGCAUCGGCAUGUGGGCUAUCAUCUUCCCCGUGCUCACCCUCCCUCUGUUCUACAGCCUCAUCUCGGCCGAGCGCCGUGCCUACAAGGCCGGGCUGCUCGACGACGUCCCGAGCCCCUACAGGCACGUGUUCAGCGUGCGGCUGUGGAAGGACUUCUUCUUCCAGGCGGACAUUAUCGGCCUCUUCUUCCUCGCCGCCACGAUCGCCCUCAUCCUCGUGCCCCUCACCCUCGCGGGCGGCGUCACGGACUCGUGGCGCACCGCGCGCAUCAUCACACCGCUUGUGGUCGGCGGCGUGGUCGCCUUCCCCUGCUUUGUCGUCUGGGAGGCCAAGUUCGCGCCGCACCCGCUCAUGCCCUUCCGCGUGUUCAAGAAGCUCGCCGUCAUCUGCGGCUUCGGUAUCGCGCUCAUGCUCAACACCGCGUGGUACACGCAGGGCGACUACCUCUUCACGACACUCCAGGUCGCGUUCGGCAAGGACAUCAAGACGUCGACGUACGUGACCAACGUCUACUCGUUCGUGUCGACGAUCAUCGGCAUGAUUCUCGGCAUUACUGUGCGCUACGUGCGGCGCCUCAAGCCGUUCGUCGUCGUCGGCUCGCUCCUCUUCAUCCUCGCCUUCGGCCUGCUCAUCCGCUACCGCGGCGGCCACUCCGUGUCCGACUUUGCCGGUCUCGUCGGUGCCGAGGUCGUCCUCGGUAUCGCCGGUGGUUUCGUUCCCUACACGACGCAGGCGUCGCUCCAAGCCGAGGUCAAGCACGAGCGCACGGCGACCAUCACCUCGCUCUUCUACAGCGCGUACAACAUUGGCAGCGGAAUCGGUAACACGAUCGCCGGCGCCAUCUGGACCAACACGAUGCCCAAGCACCUCCUGUCGAACCUCGAGCGCGCGGGCAUCGCCAACGCGACCGGCAUCGCGUCUGCCGUCUACGGCGACCCGUUCACGUGGAUCGCCUCCAACCCCGUCGGCACGCCGCAGCGGGAGGCCGUCGACCUCGCGUACCGUGAGGUCCAGCGCCUGCUCACCAUCGCCGGUAUUUCGAUCUCGUGCCUGCUGCUGGCGUUCUCGCUGGGUCUCAACAACCACCGCCUUACGGACAAGCAGUCGCUCGACAAUGCCGAGGGCGAGUCGGUCCACUCGACCGAGACGGACCUCAGCGAUGCGCAGACCGACGUGGACGCGGACGUGCGUGUGGGCGAGAAGGCGCCGCGCGUUUGA